AUGCGCUGUGUUGUUGCAUCAGCGGCGGCGAUUGAAGGGCACUCCUCACAAUCCGUCGUCGUCGUGGCUUCAUCGUCGUCGUCAUCUUCACGACCACCAAAAUUAAAACCCUGUCUUUUGAAAUUGUGUCGUCGGGGUUAUUCUUCUUCGAGAAGAAGAAAAUGCAAAGCGCUUCGAAACGCUCCUCCUCGGAUAGAAGGUGAAGAUGAUGAUGAAGAAGAAGCUAAAGAAGAAGUUGAUGACGACUUGGACGCGACGAGAAGCACCAACAAAACCACCAAAACCAUCAAAAGAAGGAGAAGAGACAUCGUGCUGGCUUUACAAUCAUCUUCGAUGUUGUUCACAAAGAAAAGCUUUGCUCGUAAUGGAGAAGAAGAAGAUAUGUAUUCAAUAUCGAGCAACAACAGUAUUACUAAUAAUAAUACGUAUUACAAAUACGAAAUCAACGCGAGGAAGAGACUGUUGGAAACGCAAAGGUUAUACGCGUUACAACCAGAAGUCGAUGAAAGGAGUAAUAAUGAUGUUGAUGAUACGAAUAAUAAUAAUAGUAAUAAUAGUAAUAGUAAUGAAUCCGUAAUAGAGAUACCGAUGACGUACGACGGCGCGUCUUUCGUGUUGGAUUAUUACAUCGGCGACGCGAGCGUGAGAGGCGUGGUGGAUACCGGGUCUCCGUUUAUAACCAUUCAAGGUGGGAAUGGGAGCGAAAAUUGGGGGUUUGUGACGCAAAAUGAUAUUCGGCCGAGCCCGUACGGGGAGACGUACGAAGUGUACGGGUUACAAGUGGAUUCGAGCACCGUGUGGUGCUUGGGUGAUUUGCGGUUCACGACCGGUUUUAACGAUGAGUCGCGUUCGCGUUCGCGCGAUUGGAAUUUACGGGAGAUGGUUUUAGGCGUCGUCAACGGGUCCAUGGCAAACGUGGGCGGGUCUAUAAACGGCGCGAACGCGUCGUUCGUUGGAUUGACUAAAUACCGACAAGACUGGAUUCGACCGACGUUUUUAGAACAAACCGAUGUGAGCUCUUUUUCCAUGAAUUUCGAGAAGGAAACGUUGACGCUCUCGAGGAAGAAUUUAAUCGAUAGAAGAAACGAUGCGAACGUUUUAGCGAUGAUUGAUUUACGACCACUCGGAUCACCGGUGUAUCACUACGCGGUUCUGUUGGACGAUUUGUACAUCAACGGGGAAAAACAUAUAUUUAAAAACAAGAACGAAAAGACGUACGUCAUUUUCGAUAGCGGGACGACCGGAUUGUUAGUGUCUCAAGAUUUAUACGAAAAUUCAGCCUUUCGAGAUGGCGCGUUUCAAGCCGCGAUGACUUUUACAGACGUGAAAGGAAACAAAAGCUCCGUCGCCAUCGGGUCGUCCAUUCGCACGUGCACGAGGAAGUGUUUGUUUCUUUGUCUGCCGCUCAAAGUGCCUUGGGACGGCGUCCUCGAGGAAAAAUCGAACGUCAUUUUUGCCGGUUUAGCGGUUUUAAUGAAUCAAGGUGAGAUCACCGUCGACGCGGACGAAGGCGUGCUCAGAUUAAAGUCAGACCCUGGCGUGAGUAGAAUGGAAUUUGAAGCAGACGAAGAAGGGUUCAUUCCAAUCAGAACGAGAGGAAAAUUAGCGAGCGAUAUCAAACUGUACAACGAAACGUAA